UGACACAGCGACGGCGGGCAGAGACCUGGCCCCCAGAGCUGCGGCCUAACCCGACACCGCAAAGCCCCGGCCUGACGCAGGCCCCGGAGGCACGGUCGCGGGAGCCAGGCUCGGGCCGCCAGCCGUUGCGUUGAGAGACCCCGGCUGGGAGAGCGCGAUGAGGGAGGACUCGGGGCUCCGCCUGGAGGCCGAACCGCGUCCUCCACGAGCCCUUCCACCUGUGCCAAGUGCUAUUCAAGGUGAUAUUCCCCUUAGUCGUCCUAAGAAAAAGAAGCCCAGAACAAAAAACACACUAGGUAGCGCUUCUUCAGAAGGCCUUGUUCAGGCUCCUGUUCAUAAGCCAUCUGAGGGCAGUGAGCCACCAGCUAAAGAAUCCACAGAACAACCAAAAGAAGCUCCUGUUCCAAGGAGGCAGAGGAAGACGAGGCUACCUCUUGAAUUGGAGACUUCCUUUACCCAAAAGAAGGCAUCCAAUGCAUCUUUAUUACGAAAUGAAAAUGGUAUUCAUAUGGAGCCAACUGAGGAGGUGGUUAUUCAGAAACCUCGAAGGAAGACAAAGAAAACCCAGCCAGCAGAAUUACAGUAUGCCAAUGAACUAGGAGUAGAAGAUGAAGACAUAAUUACUGAUGAGCAAAGCAGUCCAGAACAACAGUCUAGAUUCACUGUGCCCACUGGCAUUAGCCAGCCUGUAGGCAAAGUAUUUGUGGAAAAAAGCCGGAGAUUCCAGGCUGCUGAUCGUUCAGAGUUGAUAAAGACCACAGAAAACAUAGAGGUGUCAAUGGACGUGAAGCUUUCCUGGACGACCAGAGAUGUUGCACUCUCAGUGCACCGGGCUUUCAGGAUGAUUGGUCUCUUUUCCCAUGGCUUCUUGGCUGGCUGUGCUGUGUGGAAUAUUGUUUUCAUAUAUAUUCUGGCAGGAGAUCAGCUUUCUAACCUCUCAAACCUUCUGCAACAGUAUAAGACCUUAGCAUAUCCAUUCCAGAGUCUUCUCUACUUGCUUUUGGCUCUAAGUACAGUUUCAACUUUUGACAGGAUCGACUUUGCUAAAACAUCAGUAGCAAUCCGAAAUUUUCUUGCCCUGGACCCUACAGCUUUAGCAUCUUUCUUGUACUUUACUGCUCUUAUAUUAUCUCUGAGUCAGCAAAUGACAAGUGACAGAAUUCACCUUUACACACCUUCUUCUGUUAAUGGUAGCCUCUGGGCAGCAGGAGUUGAGGAACAGGUUCUCCAGCCAUGGAUUGUAGUGAAUCUGGUGGUGGCCCUUCUGGUUGGACUAUCAUGGCUUUUUUUGUCUUACAGGCCAGGCAUGGAUCUUAGUGAAGAGUUGAUGUUCUCCUCUGAUGUGGAAGAAUAUCCUGAAAAAGAUAAAGGACUCAAAGCUUCUUCAUGAUGCCAGCUCACCUUCAGAAUAAUAAUGACCCAGUAUUUAGAAUUUUUCCUAUUCUUGUUUUUAAAUGUAUUUUUAUAAGAUGUGUGCAGGUGUAUUUGGAAUUGAUUUUUUGAUUAUAUAGUACUGAAAAUUUUCUCAAGAUUAUGGAAAAUGUAAAAAUUGUAUCUGCAAUUCAUACCCAAACAUUAAUCUCUUUAGCAUUAUCAUCUUAAUGACAAAGGAGGUAAUGAGCUAGAAAACAGCAGGUGAAUGUGUCUAUUUCCUGUUCUCUCAAGUUAGUUGCAUUUAUAAUCAUUACCUUGAAAAGCUCUAAUACCGAAAAAAACAUUAGUGUUACAAAAUAUAUAUCAGGUUUAAACAUAAAAUUUAGGGAGUAGGGAAGAAGGGGUCAAAAGGCCUUUAUGUAUUUUUAAUGUCUCCUUACUGAAUAAAUUAAAAUAUGAAAUUUGUCUUUUUUGAAACUGGCUUGGUGGUUGUGAUUAUAUAUCAUGUAAUAAAUAUACUGUAAUUUAGCUUGAAAGAUGCUUUCCUUCAUGACUAAUAAAAUGUACCUCUUCUGUU